UUUUUGCACAGUUCUUGUCAUCCAUCUUUUCAAAAGUAUGACGCUGCCAUGGCCCUUGCUUUUGCUCAUCCACAGUUUGGCUCUGUUGGUUAGGGUUAAGAUUUAGGAGGUAUAAAUGUGGAUAUUGCACUGAGGCUGGGUUGUGAUGAAGUGAGAGUGAGACAAUACUGGAUAGUUAAUCCUCUUAAAGCCUGCAGGUAUUAGCCAUUAUGCUGAUCCAUUGUGAAGAUGCGCCCUAAAUAAACUGUUGGCUCGUUCCCCUGUGUGUGCCGCUCAGCUUCAGACUGAUUGUCAGACAUUUCUGCAUUCUCUGACCUGACAGGAUUUUGUUUAGAUGGUCCAAUGAUAUGAAAUGAAACACGCCAAGGCAGUGUGGGAUCCUGUCAGCCCCAAUCAUUUGGGGAGAGAACUGGAUCGCUGGACGAAGAGCUGGCCUGCCCUUCAUGCAUCAGAAUCCAUCAUAGGUCACCCAAUCUGAUAAGAUGUUUUGUCUGAGAAGGAAGCGACUGCGGCUGAGGCGCAUCAUCUUCCUCCUGGCCGGCGUCUUCAUCUGCGUGGUGUACCAGCUGGCCGUUAGCGCCGGACGCCAUGAAGCGUUGCCUUCGCCUCAAAUCGGAGACGCCUUCACCGAGGGCUCGGCCGGAUGGGUCGAGGAGGUCACGGCCGACAGUCGGGAGAAGCCGAGAAACCAAACGGCGUGGACGACCCGCUUCAACUCAACCGUGGCUGGGAGAACUCCACCGCCGGCGACCACCAACCGGACGAUUGUGCGUUGCAUAUAUGUCCCGCCUGAUCCAAAGGAGGAGGCCCCAACUCCAUCUUCUCCCGGUGAAACUCCUCACAUGAAGGGAGAGUACCCCGAAGAUAUCUUUUCCGUGGAGGAACGUAGACGAGGCUGGGUGAUCUUGCACAUCUCCGGCAUGAUGUACAUGUUCGUGUCACUUGCUAUUGUGUGUGACGAAUUUUUCGUCCCCGCAUUGGGGGUCAUCAUAGACAAAUUAGAAAUAUCCGACGACGUGGCGGGAGCGACCUUCAUGGCGGCUGGAGGAUCCGCCCCUGAGCUUUUCACCUCCUUGAUCGGGGUCUUCAUAGCCCACAGCAACGUCGGUAUCGGCACCAUCGUGGGCUCGGCGGUUUUCAACAUCCUCUUUGUGAUCGGGAUGUGCGCUUUGUUUUCCCGGGAGGUGCUUCACCUCACCUGGUGGCCUCUCUUCAGAGAUGUGUCCUUCUACAUUGUGGACCUCAUCUUGCUCAUCAUCUUCUUCCUGGACAAUGUCAUCAUGUGGUGGGAGAGUAUGACGUUGGUGGCCAGCUAUACCUUCUAUGUCGUCUUCAUGAAGUUCAACGCCCAAAUAGAACACGUGUUCAAGACGCAGCUUUACAAACACAAGGGCAUUGUCCGAAUUAUUACUGACGAAGAGCCAGAAGUGACCACGGCCAAUGGGGAGAGUCAGGUUAAAACGCCGCCUCCUCCUCCAGACUACUGGAAUCGGUUAAAGUUGAAGCCAUCUCUUCAACGCGGUGGAAGUUCAGCAUCUUUGCACAACAGCACCAUGAGGAACACCAUUUUCCAACUCAUGAUCCACACCUUAGACCCGCUGGGAGAAGGCAAAUUCAAGGACAAGGCAGAGAGUCUUACUAAUGUAGUGAGACGAAAGGCUGAAGAUGGAGACGGUGAGCAGGAGCAGGCCAAAGACGUCGAUGCUGCUCCUGCGUGCAAAAGUGGAAAGAAGGAGCCACCCAAAGAUGAGAAGGUACACUCCACCAAGCAUGUCAAAAAGCCCAGAAGUCAAUCUUUGAUACCUUUCUAUGAGGACCAGCCGGCACAGGAAGACCAGUCAGACGAGUCAAGCAGCGGCGAGGAGGACAGUGAUGAAGAGGAGAGCCAGGAAGAUGACAGCGACGAUGACUCCAGUGAAGAUGACGAGGAGGAAGAGGAGAAGCCUCUGUCUUUAGAAUGGCCCGACACGCCAAGGAAACAAGUCACUUACCUUUUCCUGCUGCCUAUCGUCUUCCCUCUGUGGCUCACCAUCCCUGACGUCCGCAAACAGAAUUCCAGGAAAUUUUUCGUGGUCACCUUCCUGGGCUCUAUUCUGUGGAUAGCCAUCUUCUCGUACCUCAUGGUGUGGUGGGCACAUCAGGUCGGUGAAACCAUCGGGAUCUCUGAGGAGAUUAUGGGCCUGACUAUUCUGGCUGCCGGGACGUCCAUCCCCGACCUCAUCACCAGCGUGAUCGUCGCCCGUAAAGGACUCGGCGACAUGGCCGUGUCCAGCUCUGUGGGCAGCAAUAUCUUUGACAUCACUGUGGGUCUGCCGUUGCCAUGGCUGAUUUACUCGUUCAUCCACGGUUUUGUUCCCGUGGCCGUCAGCAGCAACGGGCUCUUCUGCGCCAUUGUGCUGCUCUUCCUCAUGCUGCUCUUUGUUAUCAUCUCCAUCGCGUCGUGCAAGUGGAAAAUGAACAAGGCUCUGGGUUUCACCAUGUUCCUGCUCUACUUCAUUUUCUUGGUGCUUAGCGUCAUGCUGGAAGACCGCAUCAUCAUCUGUCCAGUCUCUAUCUGAAGGUCCCAACGCUUAUAGUUUGGUUGUUUUUAUGGAUUGUAAAUUUGGACUAUUCAGGAGUGGAGCUCACAUCUUCAGUAUAGUCCAUGAAAGCAUUUCCGUCGCAUUAUGGGAAUGAACUCAGUUGUUUCAGAUGGAUGCAAAUCAGCAAUGUCAGCAAGAAUCUGAUCAUCCAAAAAGUGUUUUUAUUACCAAAUGAGCGCAAAUAACAGAUCCACUUCUUUUGAAGCUAGUUUCAUAUAAAUUAGUGUCCACCUUACAAAUGGUGAAUAACAAACCUUGACACAAGAUGUAGGUAGACAUCAAUCAGGGAGUUUUUUUUUUUUCUUCUUCCAAGGCUAAUGUACAAGCUUUGUAACAGGUUGGAUUUCAAGCAUGAAUGUGAGUCAGAGUAUCACAAGUUGCUUUGUCAGCUUCGGAAGGGACAUGGUGACGUGGUAGGGUAGGUCACAGCUUUUUUUUUUUUCUCUCUCUACGAGCUUAAACCUUUGCGAAUGAAGCAGUUCAUUUCUGUUCUGAAAUGAAAUCUACAAAACACAUCCAAUUCUCUACAUGUCCUGUGACAAUAUUGACAAAAGCAAAAAACAGUCAUUCAUUUCCCGGUGAUCACAUACUUUGAUUGUACUGUACUGAGGGAAUGUAUCCUUAGUGGUCCCAUACAACUAUCUUACACAAUAAAUUUCACUUUAAAAAAAGUAUUGCUUUAAAAACCAUAUAAAUCAUGUUAGAAUUUCCCUUUGGGUUUUUUGGUACAUUGUA